GAAACAUUCUUUACCAACAUAUACCUACAGAGUCUCACACUUCUCGCUCGACAGGAUGCUCUUCUCAAAGCUUGCUGUACCUUUUCUCAGCGCCGUCGCCGUAGUCCCGUACUCCAUGGCUGCCACUGUCUCCUACCAGGAAGUCAUAAACGAAGGAGCAAAAAAAUCUGGCAAAACCCCUGCCCAGUUGGACAGCCAGAUUACUACCAAUGGCAACAAACCGAAGCUCGUCGCCGCACUUCAGCCUAAACUAGGAUGGGGAAAAGGAGUAGUCUGCGACCUGAAAUGCCCAGGAUGUGCAGACUGUGCAACUGGAGCUGGCCAAGCUGCCAUCGCGAUACUGGCGGCGUUCGCGACGGCAGCGGUUGCGUGUGCCACAAUCGUGGGAUGCCCAGAAGCUAUUGCCGCAGCUUCUGUCGCCGCUGCCGCGGCUGGAACUUCGUUCUGCAAUUCCCAACAUCAACCCAUCAACUGCGAUUUCAAUUGCAACUGGCAUCAUGAAAUCUGCGCCGGCCCUGCCACAAAUGGCGGCGCUGUUCCAACUCCACGCGUAUAAGCUUAAAUUUAUGUACACCUUACAAGAGACAAGUUCAUCAUAAUAUCUACUUAUGUACAGACGGUUGCUGGAGUCAUUCCCUUGUUGAAAUUAGUACAAUCUUCGGCCCAAAGUAGACAAGUGCUGUCAAUCAUCUGCCAAAUUGCUGGGCAUAGUAAACGUCACACUAAUGCUUUUAGGGUAACUUAAGCUUCUUCUAGUUAGCAUCGUACUAGGUAUGGGUAAUUUAGAGAGGGCAUUGUGCUGAAUAUCUUGUGAGAGUCUAUACGUCGCCACGAUUGGACAUCCCAUAUACUAUGUCACAUGCACGCGGACCAAUCAUGGUCAUUAAACAAACACUGCCUCUUCCACUUUCUUCAAACAACAUUGAUUAAUCCCAUCGAGGCGUCUCAUGC